AUGCUGCUGAUCACUGAAGCUCUUCUUCUCAUUUUAGCUGCUCUAGGACAGGAUCACAGAACUGCUGUUGAAGGACAGAUAUUUCCACUGGAUAUGACACUGAAUUCAGUUGAUGAUCAAUAUAAGGGCUGUACUCAGAAAAUGGCAGACCUGGUAAAAACAAAAUAUCUAGAGAAGGAAAAAUCUGCCUCAGCUGAAUACAAUAAUACUUGGCAAGAAGGUGAACAGAAAGCUAAGAAACCCGAGGAUAACCUGCAACAGAUCCAUUCAGUUGCCAUUCAUGUUUAUACUAACAAAGACUCUAAAGUAUAUAGUAAUUUCACUAGAGCGACUCGCACUGACAAACAGAAAUACAAAGAGGGUGCAUUCAAAUGGUAUUCACUUCACUUUCUCUUAACAGAAGCGAUACAGAUUCUGAAGAAAACUCAAAAUAGAUGCUAUGUAACUUAUCGUGGUACAAAUCUUAAAUUUGAUGUUCAGAGCAAAGAGAUUCGUUUGAGCUCAUUUUCGUCCUCCUCACUUGAUCGUAAAGUAAUACAGGGUUUUGGGUCUAAAUCUUGUUUUGAAAUCUACACUUGUGAAGGUGCUAAUCUGACAAGAUACUCUAAGUAUCCUGAGGAGAAAGAGGUGUUGAUUCCUCCAUAUGAGACGUUUAAUGUCACUGCUCUCAAAAACAGGACAGAUCAGCCUGAUCUCUGGUGUGAGACUGUGUUUGUGUUGAACAGCACUGGAACAAGAAGUGACCUGAACUGUGCUUUGUUUAACAGUGGGAACCAUGCUGCUUUCUUUAAUGUUUUACUAAUUUUGUUAAUAUUUUUUUGCAAAGUAUUUAUAUGCUAA